GGGACAUUAGCAGUCUAACCGGCAGGGACGAGCCUCGGCCCAAGCCGGCCGAUGCCAAUGCCCAGACCAGACCAACUGGGGUUCGUCAUCAAAUGAAUCGCCAUCGCCUUUCUACCCAUACUUUCUGCCAUCAAUACGCGACGUCUCAGCCUUCAUUUCGUUCUAUCACAGCAUCAUAUAAUAUGAUAUGACGCUAUCUUCGUGAGCCCAGCUGACAAUAUGGCUAUUCGCGAGGACAUCGUGUCCUCUGCAGUUUCGUUCCUACAGGAUCCGAAUGUCGUCUCCUCGCCCAUAGAGAACAAGCUGUCGUUUCUACGCUCCAAGAAUCUCACACAAGAAGAGAUUGACGCGGCAUUCGCACGCGCAGGAUCUUCACCACCCCCUACCUCGACGCCAUCACAGACAGUCUCCACAGUAGCUCAGCAACAACCCUAUUAUCCCCAGCAGCCACCAUAUGGAUGGCAAGCACCGCCUCCAGAGCCCCCUAAGAGGGAUUGGCGCGACUGGUUUAUCAUGGCUACAGUAGUAGGAGGAGUUGGUUACGGCUUGUACUUCAUCUCAAAGCGAUACCUCUACCCACUUGUAGCUCCACCUACGCCAGAGAAACUAGAUCAGGACAAAACAACGGUGGAUGAACAAUUCGAAAAGGCGUUCGCAACACUUGAGCAGCUGACGAAAGAUACCGAAGCGCUAAAGGAGACCGAGGCGGCAAGGACGCAGAAGCUGGAUAAGGUCCUUGAAGAUCUGGAGGCGUUUGUGCAAGAGUCGAAGUCUGCCAGCCGGAGACAAGGAGACGAAACAGAGCGCCUGCGUGACGAUAUCAAGAACAUCAAAUCUGUCAUUCCUAAUUCCUUGUCUGCGCACAAGGAGCUUACGGAUAACCGGCUCAAGGAAAUCAGCAAUGAAGUAAAGAGCCUGAAGUCUUUGAUCUCACAACGCAUGAAUUCGGGGGCUGCUUCUGCCUCUUCUCCCCUUCCCGGGUCAGGCACGACAUAUAAUGGUGGAGCGAACUCGUACCUUCGGUCUACAAACGGCGCGGCACCCUCCGUGAGCCCAGCGACUACCCCGUCCGCGGAAAGCAAAGAAAAGGAGAGCUCGGAUGAUGCCAGCAGUGCCCAGGACGUUAAUAACACCAAUGCGUCGUCAGCAACGCCAAGCAAGCAGGACUACAUAUCCUCGCUUAAUGGACGAUCCAGCCCAUUUGGCACCGGUGCACCGGCUACUAAGGCGUCGAUCCCAGCGUGGCAGAUGGCCGCUAAUAGCGCCAAGACAUCUACGAACGCCGGUGGCAGCUCUUCAGCAGCCGGAAGCAGCUCCUAGAAAUCGUUGUAGUGACAACUCUAGAGUGCCCACGGGCAAGGUGUCGAAUCCGGAGUAGGUGAUUGGCACUAACAAAUUCAGAACUUCAACCGAAGAGUAGCAGCUCGUCAAAGGAAUGGCUAAAGCCAAAACGGGGGCUUAAUAGGCAUGAGAAACAUCCUUUCUUAUUGGAAACAUUAUCCUGUUCAACGCCCCAUAAUUGAUGGUGACAACACAAUUAUGUAUAAGAUAAUAGCGAGGAUAUCACUAGCAUUCGGUAUCCUUUUGAACAAACGAAGCGGAUAAGAAAAAUGCGAGGGUUAAGGGAAAUAGCAGGUUAUUCUAGCGAGGAAUGUAUCAUAUAUAGGUACUCGGAAAUGCAUGGUUAUUCAAUGGAAAGCAUUCGUCAUUGCGACUGCUGAGUUGCAGGCAUCAAUGCUUCUCAUCUCU